ACGUACGAGAUCUUCAAGGAGGAGCUCAAACUCGUGUUUGAGACCCCACGGAACGAUUUCCGGUCGAGAGCAGAAUUUCUCGACUUGCAACAGGGUAAGCAUGAUGUACAUUCUUACGCCCAACGGGCUCGAUACUUGGUAUCGAACGUCGUGACCGACCCGAUGGACGAGGCGACGAAGGUCGUCACGUUCAUGAAGGGGUUGAGAGAUGGGUCUGUGAAGACCUAUCUCUUCCGAGUGUACCCGAGUACUCUCGAACCUGCGAUUACCAUAGCCAUGCACGAGGAGUUUAGCCUGAGACAGGGUAAACUGCAAACGAACGUGCCACACCCGCCUCGGCCGGCUGUUAAGACGGAAGGUCCAGAACCAAUGGAUCUUUCGUACGCGUCUGCUGUCGGACAACAGAAGAACAAGGGCAGCGACGUGCGAUGCUUCCGAUGCGGAAACAUGGGUCACUACGCACAUGAGACGGCCGUCGAGACGUUGAACGUCUUGACGCGGGCCUGUACUGGAUAUCAGUACAAGAAGAUGGAGUUGGAGAACCCUCCGACUGAUACGUCGGAGUUGAUCUCGCUUCCAGUCAUGAGCUGGAAGCGCUUCGCGAAAGACUUGUACGAUGGACGCAUCGAACAACUAUGCAUCCUUUCAGACCGAGAAAGAAUGACAAGCGAAGCUGAAGAGUUAAGGCAACUCUUUGCAGAUAGCGCCACGGAGAAGCACAAGGACGUGCUCCCGGACGAGAUCCCUGCGGAGCUUCCGCAGGACAAGGGAAUACAGCACGAGAUUGAUCUCGUGCCGGGAACAAAGUAUUGCGUGACGCGGCAGUGGCCACUGCGGAGACAGCAAGUGAAGGCGACCGACGACUUCUUCAAAAGUCGUCGUAAGGCAGGACAAGUGCGGGAAUCAAAGUCCCCGCAUAGCGCACCAACGUUCUGUGUCAAGAAGCCACAGGGGGGUUGGCGCAUCCUUCAAGCGUACAACAAGCCGAACGAUGCGACGAUACCGGCACAGACGCCGACACCUCGGAAAGAUUUUAUCAUCGAUUCGAUGUCCAAGAACACCAUCUACAGUGCUCUUGAUCUGAGAGGCGGCUUCUAUCAGACCCUUAUGCGUGAGAGCGAUAUCCCUCUCGUGGCGGUUAGCACUUUAAGCGGUAUGCUUUGGGAGUGUCUGGUUAUGCCACAAGGGCGGAAGAACGCCCCUGCGACCUUCAAUAGCCGGGCUGUGGACGAGAAGACGGACGUCGAGGUGCACAAGGAGCAUCUCCGGAAAUUGCUUGGGCUCAUGCGCAACCACAAGAUCUAUGCGAACCUGAAGAAGUGCAUCUUCGGUGCGAGCGAGAUACCCGUGUUAGGGUGUCUCGUGGGAAAACAUGGCGUACGCCCUGACCCCGAGAAGGUCAGAGUGAUCAAUGAAUGGCCUACAUCAUCCAACGUGAAGGAACUGCGGCAGUUUCUUGGCCUUGUCACGUACUUGUGCAAGUACGUGGACAACUACCCAGGCAAGAUUCGCCCGCUGUCGCAGCUUCUGAAGAAGGAAGCUGCGUGGAAAUGGACUGCUGAUUGUCAGCAGGCGUUUGAGGCAGUCAAGCUGGGCUUGACUGAAGCGCCGAUCUUGGCUGUGGCUGACCAAGAUCGCCCAUUUCACGUAGUGUGUGACGGAUCCGACUUUGCGAUCGGAUAUGAAGCCAGCUGA